GAUGGAAGAGUAAUUUGUCAAUUUUGGGGGAAUAUAAAUACCUAAGCCCGGGAACUCAUCACUCAAUUCUCUCCUUCAUUUCGUGAUUCCCGCCAAAACCCUCAUUGCCGCCACUCUCCGUCACCACGCCGCCGUCUCCGAUGUCUCACGAACAGGUAUUCGAAGAAAUGUCCGAAGAAAAGAUAGAAUUUGAUAACGAAGUAGAUCAAAUGGAUUCACGCUUUGUGGAAAUAUGUGCUUCUACGAUCCUUGCACAUGAUUUGCCCUUUCAUUUUUUCGAGCUCGAGGGAAUGAGGAAGUACUCCGAGUUCUUAAAUCCAAAUAUUCCUAUACCUCCUAGAAAUGUUAUCGAAGCUUACGUUUCACAUUUGUACACGAAAGAGAAACCUAAGCUUAAACAACAAUUAACUACCAUUCCUAAUAGGAUAUCUUUAUCUUUUGAUUUGUGGGAAUCUAACACUACUGAGACUUAUAUUUGUUUGACUGCUCAUUUUGUUGACGCGAAUUGGAAGUUAAAUAGUAAGGUUAUCAAUUUCCGUCUUGUUUAUCCUCCUACUAGUGGGGAGAUUUGUGAGAGAAUGGUUGAGUUGUUGAAUGAUUGGGGAAUAGAGAAAAAGAUUUUCUCUCUCACUAUUGAUGAUUCAUCUGAGAAUGAGAUUUUGCAAGAACAAUUGAAAACUCAACUUGUUUUGCAAAAUGGUUUGUUAUGUGAUGGAGAGUUCUUUCAUGUGAAUUGUUUUGCACGCGUUUUAAAUCAGAUAGUUGAAGAAGCGUUAAAACUAGUUAGCUGUGGUGUGCAUAAGAUCAGAGAGAGUAUCAUGUUUGUGAGGCAUUCAAAGAGUAGGAGGGAAAAAUUUAAGGAGUGCUUUGAAAAGGUUGGUGGUGUUGAUAGUUCGGUUCACUUACAUUUGGAUAUAUCUAUGAGUUUGAGUUCAACUUAUAUGUUGCUUGAAAGAGCUCUUAAAUACCGGUGUGCGUUUGAAAGUUUUCACUUGUAUGAUGAUAGUUAUGAUUUAUGUCCUUCGGCGGAAGAGUGGAAAAGAGUAGAAAAGAUUUGUGCAUUCCUGUUGCCUUUUUGUGAAACUGCCAACAUGAUUAAUAGCACAACACAUCCUACUUCCAACUUGUAUUUUUUACAAGUUUGGAAAGUCCAAUGUGUUCUAGUUGAUAGUUUGGGAGAUGAAGAUGAAGAUAUAAAGAAAAUGGCUGAAAGGAUGAUGAGCAAGUUUGAGAAAUAUUGGGAUGAGUAUAGUGUUGUUCUUGCAUUGGGAGCGGUUCUUGACCCACGGAUGAAGUUUACAACCUUGGCUUAUUGUUAUUCAAAACUGGAUGCAUCAACCUGUGAAAGGAAGCUACAGCAAGUAAAGAGAAAGUUGUGCAUGCUAUUUGAGAAGCAUUCUGGCAACAGCACUACUGCUGGGGUUCAAAGAACUAUUAAGGAGAAUCAGGACCAAUCUUCUAGCAUGCCAUUACAAAAGAAAUUAAAGUCUUUAUCUCAUGGCCUAUUUGAUGAAUUGAAAGUGCACCAUCAGCAGCUUGUUACCAAAACUGGAAAGUCUCAACUUGAUGUUUACUUAGAUGAGUCAGUUUUGGAUUUUCGUUGUUAUGCAGAAAUGGAUGUAUUACAAUGGUGGAAGAGUAAUAAUGAUCGAUUUCCGGAUCUAUCAAUAUUGGCCUGCGACUUGUUAAGUGUUCCCAUUGCCGCUGUAGCUUCUGAUUCUGAAUUUUGCAUGGGCUCACGUGUCUUUAACAAGUAUAAAGAUCGUAUGUUGCCGAUGAAUGUGGAAGCUAGAAUUUGUACUCGCAGUUGGUUGUACAAUUUUUUUAGCGAGGAUGGAGAAGACGAUGACGACGACUUUGAAGAAAUAAAGAAUGAAAUUGAUAAUGAUGAAAAAAUGGAGCAAGCUUCUAAUGACUUUGGUUUUGAAGAUAACGAUGAUGUCGAUGAUGAUUGAUUUGCUUGUAUUUAUUUAACUUUGGUUUAUCAUGUUUAUUUUGGAUUUAUGGUUUAAAAAAUUAAAACUAUAUUUGGUUGUUAGGUUAUGAUUUCUUCAUUUUCUGGUGAACUUUUAACUUUUGUAAUUGUAGAUUUGUUUUUAACUUGUAGUAUGUGGAUAUGUUUGCUUUUCUAAUGUUUAAUGUUGGAGGAAGUUUGUAUGUGAUUCCA